ACAUCAACCCGACAACCACUGCUCUUCUCUUCUCUCUCUCUCUCUCUCUCUCUCUCUCUAGCUUUACCUUUGAGAGUGAAAGUGGGAAGUGGCUGCUCGUUUGCUUGCUUGCUUGCUUGCUUCAUCUGAAUCUGGGGCUGAGCCUCUCGCAGUUGCAUUAUAGUCUUCAAGGCAGAGCGAAGAUGGAGCAGACUUUCAUCAUGAUCAAACCUGAUGGUGUUCAGAGAGGCUUGGUCGGGGAGAUCAUCAAGACGUUUGAGCAAAAGGGUUUCUACUUGAGAGGAAUGAAGCUCGUGAAUGUCGAGCGCCCUUUCGCCGAAAAACACUACGAGGACUUGUCCUCAAAACCCUUCUUUGAGGGCUUAGUCGAGUACAUAAUCUCCGGGCCUGUUGUUGCCAUGGUGUGGGAAGGCAAGAAUGUUGUUGCCACUGGGCGGAAGGUUAUUGGAGCUACCAACCCGUCGGCUUCAGAUCCCGGCACUAUUCGUGGCAGCUUUGCGGUUGAGAUAGGAAGGAAUGUGAUUCAUGGAAGUGAUUCAGUUGAGAGUGCCAAGAAAGAAAUAGCACUGUGGUUCCCUGAUGGCACCGUGAACUGGCAGAGCAGCCUCCAUCCCUGGAUAUAUGAGUAAAAUGCAGGACCCUGAGGCUGUAAUGUUGCUUGUUUAAUUAUUCUAGUUGGUCAAUUGGGACGAUGGUGAUUGUAUGACAACUGUUCUCGGAAUGUGCUCAGCGUAUAUGUUAGAACCAUAACUAAAGUAUUGGCAGUAUUUCUGUUCUUUUUCUUAUGGUAGAGAAAUCUGCUGGAUAGUAAACCUCAUGGAUGGCUUUAGAAUGAGCCUUGCAAUUAGUCUGUAUCUCAUCUUUCACAGGCUACCUUGUGUUUAUCACGCCAUAUCUUCUGUGCACCA